AUGAGACGCACAACCGAAGCAAGCAAGCACGCAAGCAACAUCGUCUCGUCCGCGGCAGCCCCGGAGGGGUCCACGCAGGACAAGAGACGCGGCCAAAAGAAACACCACAGGAAGGCGUCUGCCCACAAGGAGGAAGCACGGCCUGCAGAAAACACUGCCAACUCGGCCAUCGACAAGGGAGCGCGGCGUCGAAGCGACGCAGGACCGGCCCUACCGGUGGUUCACACUUCGGGCCAGCUUCAGGAUAAAACGCCUGCUGCUAAAACCUCGCUCCAUACAGCGGCUGACAUGGCAACGGCCGCUCCCCAGGAAGCUUCUGGCGUUCCUGUCGCCGAACAAAGAGCGCCAAAAAGCGUCGCCAUGCCCAUUGUGGCCGCAGUGGCAAUUGUGGGGCUCAUAGUGGCUGCUGUGGUGGCCGCGCUGUUGGUCAAAGCCCACGGCACUGCACGGGGCGGCGCCUCGCUGGAACCGAGCCCUAUGGACUCGAACGCGACCACGGACACUGCCACGACCACGGACAUGGCAACAUCAGGGUGCCCACCAAUCGCGAACCUGCCUCAAGGUGCCGUCGUGAUAACUACGUCGGUGGGUCGAGUGGUUGGCAGCACGGUGACAGCUGCGGGAGAUGUGGCUUUACAUCGCUGGCUGGGUGUGCCAUACGCCUCGAGUCCGGAGGGCGAGCGGCGGUUCGCGAAACCUGAGCCACUCAACGCGUCCGAUCCCUGCGAGGUAGUCAUGGCCGUCGAGCCGCGUCCCCCGUGCGCCCAGUGGAACAGAAGCAGUGGAGGAGUCGUCGGCAGCGAGGCCUGCCUGCACGUCAACGUCUGGGCACCCGCUGAAACCAGUGCCAACCGCACCAAGAGGCCGCUGGUGCUGGCCGCGACGGGGGACUGGUUCCAGAGGGCCACCAAUAACUUGCCAGAGUGGGAAGACCUGGCGGCACAGGGUAACACGCGACCAUGA